UAAUAAAAUAAGAAAAAAAAUAAAAAAAUAUAAGAAAAAAAUGGUUAGUGCAUGGUCAAUAGGAACAGCCUAAAGAGGUUAUUUACUUACAAAUAAUACUCCCGGUCCAGGUGCAUACACACCUUAGAAAAAACAAAAAUUUAUUCCACCCUAAUGGAAGAUAGGGACUUAAUCUAGAGGAAAUUCUAAUGUAAAUAAUUCUCCAGGCCCAGGAUCUUACUAAAUAAAGCCUAAAUUUACAAAUGAAGGUGAAAAAUAUAGUUUUGCAGGUAAACCUAAUGAAAAUAAAUUUGAUAUAAAACCUGGUCCAGGAGCUUAUUAACCAAAUUAUUCUUUUUCGAUGAAAUAAUUGCCUUAAUAUUCAAUAAGUAAAAGAUAUAUAUCUAGUGCUCGUGGUAGAACACCAGGGCCAGGACAAUAUUAGCAUUAAUCAACUGUUUUAAAUAGACCUUCAAUGAUAUUUCCAAAAUCAAACAGAGCUGAAAUGUGGCAAAAUCAAUAGUUUCCUGGUCCAGGAAGUUAUAAAAAUAUGUUGAAUUAGACAUAAGGACCUAAAUACGGAUUUGGAACAAGCAGAAGAGAUAAAAAUAAUAAUUGUUUUGUACCAGGACCUGGAAAUUAUAACAUGAAUAGUAGUUUUAAUACUAAUAAAGGUUUCUCAAUGGUUUCUAGGUAGAAUUAAACAAAUUAGGAGCUAGUGCCAGGACCAGGAGCAUACAAUCCUCUGCUCAUAGUUAAAUAAUCUGCUCCUCGAUAUAAAAUCGGAACAGCAUCAAGAGAUGGAAAUAUUAAUAACAACCUUCCAGGACCAGGAUCAUAUUAACCAAAGUUCUACCAUAGACCAAAUAUUCCUUCCUAUAGAUUAGGAGCUGAUACAAGAAAGCCUUUAAAUAUGUCCGAAAUGACACCAGGUCCUGGCUAAUAUAAUAUACCAGGGACUAAUAAUGGUCCUAAAUUAACAAUUAAAGGCUUUAAUAAUGAUAGUUUAUUUAAUGCUUAAAAGUAGGGCAUUCCGGGGCCAGGAGCUUAUAAACCAAGUGAAAAUUAUUCAAGUUAAAAACUUAGACCAGCUACAGCAAAGAUCGGUAACAGUUAGAGAUCUAAUUUCAAUGCUACAAAUAAAGUGCCAGGACCUGGAAAUUAUAACUUAAAAUAGGAUAUAGAAGGACCUAAAUGGGGAUUUGGAACUAGUCAGUAAAGAUCAGAUGUUCUUGGAAAAUCUCAUUUAUAAGAACCAGGUCCAGGUGCAUAUAAUAUUAAACCAACUAUUCCAGAUGUUCCACAUUAUUUAAUUCCAAAUAAUAGUAGUAGAAUAUGAUAUAAUUAACGAAAAAAACAAAUAUAUAUAUACUAUAUAUUGGAUAUAUGUUUUUAUAUAUGUUU